CUGGCAGAGAAUCGUCGAAGCAGAGAAUCGUAUUUUCCGUCACCUUUGCUUUGUGUGAUUUACUGUGUAUAGUAAUUGUCAUAUGUUCUCACAGAAAGGGCCUGAUUGUAAUUUAUUGUAAAAUGUAUGGCAAUUAUCAUCAGGAACCAGACUAUCCAGCUGCGCUAUCGCAUUUAUCUCACUUGGAUGCAGAACAACUGAAAGAACUGCUAAACGAUGAUGAGAAAUUUGAAGAUAUGAUGAAAGACAUUAAACAGUUUAAGGAUAUGGAAACUGAAAAAGAAAUGUUAAUAGCAAGCAACAAGUCCUUAGCUGAGUUCAACCUGUCUAAGGAGCCUCAGUUACAAGAAGGAAAGCGCCGCUUAAUGGAACUAAGUGAGAAAGGCGAGGCAAUAUCCCAGAGAGUGGAAUCAAAAUUGAGUGAAAUUCGUCAGCGCUCUGGAAACUCAGCAUUGGAGACCACUCUGGCAUUGUUGCAGACAGCAGCUGCAGAAACAGAAGAGGAAUCAGAAAAAAUAGCGGAAAAGUUCCUAGAGGGUGAACUUGAAGUUGAUGAUUUCUUGGAAACGUUUGAUAGUCGACGUAGGUUGAUGCAUUUGAGACGAGUGAAGGCAGACAAAAUGGCAGAACUGAUGUCUACAAGACGGCGACAUGCCCCUCCUCCACCUUCUAGUCAGCUGGCUGGUAUUGGAAGGACUCCACCACAUAUGGGACCAUCUUCUUAUUACCCAUUGCCACCUACUGCUGCCAGUUCAGUUCCAUAUCCAUUGGGCCCUGUAAAUAUGCCAUUACCUACUCCUUUUGGAGCAGGUAGCUUUGCAUGAGCCAAUCAGCAUAUGCUCCUGCAAUGCAAAUGUAAAUUAAGUUUAUUUUAUAUAAUGUUGAAUGCAAGAGAGUGCUAUAACACGUGUGACUUUUGUACAGAAUUCUUUAAUGUUGUCCUACAAACUGUGACACCUGAAGUCGUCCAGGAGUUUUCGACAUUUGUUUGAGGGCCAUAGUGUAUGAAUACCUUAAGUGGCAGAUGAUUUAUUACUACAGCAGUAAAGUACAAAUAUCUUCAGUUGCUUUUAAGGUGGAUGAAAAUUGUGGCCAUUAUUAUUUGUUGGUGCUAUCAUGAUUAGACAUGCUUAAACUGUGAGUAUUCAGAUUACUGGAAAUAUCCAUUAUAUUUCAAUCAUAAUUUGUGUACUAUUUACAUAUUUCAUAAAAACUUGUGUAAACGUUGCAAAAAUGGAUGUAAUUGGGUUCAUAAUCCUUCAUGUGCUGAUUGAAUUAAUGUGAGAAGCAUCCAUACACUAUAAUAAGUCACUUGACAUAAAAAAAAGUCAGUAACAGAAUUGCAGAAGCACCUUGUGGUAAUGAACUGCUUUCAGGAAUAGAUGUCAAAUUGCAUUCAGACAAUGUUGGAGGGGGAAUACUAUUGUCAUAUCAUUAUUUUGUUUUAGAUGUCAUUUGUAAAUUAUUAUUGAACACUUUGAAAUCCAAACUUUACCUCUAUGAUUUGUUAUUUAGUUUGAAGCUUAUCGGUAGAUAAAGAGUCAAAUUCAAGGAACACCCAUUUUAAUAUUGUCAAUGCCGUCUCUCCUGUCUCUCCGUAAGUAGGCAUUUUUCUUGAACCUAGUCCACUAUUUGCAGCUAGUGAAGCUUUGUAAACUAUUAAAUUAUUUAUAAGACAAAUAUCUACUUUUAAGUGUAUUGCAUGUGAAAAUUUUCUGUCAAACACCAUUUAUUAACAUCUAACCAGAAUUUAGCUGUCUCCUCCCUUAUUUUCGGAUGUAUACACCAAUACAUCUGGAUAAGAAUAAAAAUAUUACAUGAAUUAUUGAACCCGAGGCUCCAAGCAUAUCAGUCUUAACACCUAAUGCACUCAGCUGUCUCACCACUAUGAAAAAUUAUUCCAGUUUAAUGGAUGGUAAAUACGUCUUUUCUGCUAACGCCAUUCAGUUUGUUCUGUAAUCCACAUCCUUGACACCAUACCCUCCUCUCAUCAGUGUUCAGAUCAGUACAUUUCAUCAUUCCUUUGAUUUGACUUUUCUGCUUUUCAUUCACAUUCUCUAUAGCUUCUUACACUCCUUAUAUGAAAAUCUUUUAAAUGUUCACAAUUUAUGUAAAAUUCGAGGCUUAUUGCAGUACUGACACUGUUUGCUGUGGCACAUUACAUCAUAAGCAGUAGAGUGACAGAGUUAAGAGGGAUUGAAGCACGUCAUUGACUAUGAACAUGUGAGUAAGGGCAGAGAGUUACGUACUAGCAUAAACAGCUGAAGAUAUCUGAAUCAUAAAUGACACUUCACUCGUGUUGAAUUAACGAUUGCUAUUGGCUGACAGUCCAUGUCAUGAGUUUUUCAGCACAGAAAUUUUCAGUGCAAUAUUUUCACGGAGUUAAUUGUUCAGUUGCAGCUGCAGUGGUGAUACUGUCUUUGUACUUACACAUAUUUACACACGUUGAUUUCCAUUCGCUUAAUACAUUGCUGGAAAGUCUUGGGCGGAAUGCUGAUAGUGGAAGGAGUAAAAGUAACAUUACAGUUAAGGCACUGAUCAUUAAACAAGCACGUAAAAAUUCAUACAAACAUAUUUAUCUUACUCAGACUGGUCUUCUUUUGUUGCUGUUGUAUUUAUUCUUUCAUAAUUCCCUCCCUCCCUCCGUGUGUGUGUAUGCGUGUGUGCACGCACACGCAUAGGCGCUCAUGAGCUGAACACUGCCUAGUGAGGGCACUAGUGUUUGCUGACAUUGAAAUCACCUUAAGAGUGCUGGAGGGAGUACUGCUGGUACACUUAGUUUCAAAACAUUAUUGAUUUGGAUAAAUGUAAGCAUAUGCAUCAUUUGAUUGUAGGUUUUUUGGGAACAAAUAUAUUAGUUACCAGCCAGCUUCUUCAGAUCUACUUUGUGCAGUCAUAAAUUAUGUAGUAAGUCUUUAAGUUGUAGUUUCAUCAGCUGUAUCAGUGGAUUUUGUUAUGGUAUUAUUAUAGCUUCCUUAAAAUCUCUUGGAUAGGUCAGUGUCAGUGUAGAGGUCACUCUCUUCAUCACUACUUUAGAAGUCCAAUCUGCAACACAACUUUUUAAGGUUCUCAGCACACUAAAGCAUCACAGUGCUAGUGUUGUUUGCAAAUAUUUUUAACACGUGCAUACUCUUUUCACUCAACCAUAUACAGCUUUUUUAUGCAACUUGAGGUCAGUACCUUCAGAUAUGCCAAUAUUUUUUAUAUUUAUUACUGAUUAGUUUUGUUUAAUUAUAUUCAAUAUCAGUUUGAUUGGAUUUAGUUCAUGAUGUACGUAAGAUUGUCUCAAUUAUCCUCAACAACUGUUCCUUGAUUUUCCCUUCUGUAACUUGCACAAAAAAUUUUAAAAAGUUAUCUUUCUUCACAACUUUUUCUGUGUUUCAAUGUCCUCGCUGUAAAAGUGCAAAAGGCAGACAUAACUAGUUGCAUACUUUGUAUUGUAUUUUAUUUUCAUCAUUGAAAAUGACAAAUCCAAAAAAUGUUGAAAACUGUCCAAUUUCUGUGAAAUAGCUACAGUUGCUGGUAUGGUUUCUGCACAGGAAAAAAAAGAGAGAUUGUUGGCAUUCCAAAUUAGUCUUUACAAGACCAGAGGCAGCAGAUUGUAAGGAAUCAGAUAAAGAAGUGAUUUCUGUUCACCUUGUACGCCACUAGUAUACUCCUGCCCAUCAAAAUAAACUGUUCUGCAAUUUUGCGUUCACUCUUUGCAAAGCUUGCAAUUGUCCACCCAUGGAAUUUCCAAAAUCUGUGUCAUAUAUUGCACAGCUGAACAUAUUUCCUCUCCUUCUUCUUCUUAUUUUUAAGCAAUGUGAUAACAAGCAAGACUACAAAAACACUUCAUGCUAGAAAAUCAAACUAAGUUACACCAUAAAUGACGAAUAUGAUGCUAAUUAUAAUAUUCCCAUUUAUGACUGAUUGACUUGGGUAAUUCAAGUCAACACUUAAUUUGUAAAAAACAUUUAUGUAUGUGCCAUAUACAUGACCCAUUCUUUCCCUAGCUCUGACAUAAUAAUGUGCCUAAUGUUUUAUAAUUUUAUCUUUGUGCAAUAUGUUGUAAUUGGAAAAGACAAUAUUUGGUAUUAACAAAUUGUAAUAAAGCACUGUUGUUUGCUGUUGGAUAUUAUAUUAAUUGUGAUCAAAUAUUUGCUGAAAUUGUCACGGGAGAAUCUUAAUGUUAUUUGCAUACCAUCACCCUUACCAGUAUAUGAGUAUUGGUAGUAAUCUUGCGAGAAUAUGAGGAUUUUGAGCAUCUUACAUUAUAUUUUAUAUUUCAGCUGUUUAGUGUGAUAAACUGAAUAACAGUGAAAGUAUUGCGUUGUAAGUACACUUUGACCCUGCUAUGCAUGCUAAUUUUUUAUAUUUCUAUUAAUGUUGUUUUUUCCCAUUAUUUUUCAUAAGAUGAUAUGUGCUGGAUUAUAGUUUUUCAAGUACUCUGAAAUAUGCAUGUCGAAGUGGAUGUCAUAAAAUAAACUGCAAAUAUUCUGUAUCACUAUUCUGUAAAUAUUGUCAAUAAAAUUAUAUUUUUUUCUUAAA